AUGAUUGUUGUUUACUUCUUUUUGAGUUUUUUGGUAAUUCAUUAUCCCGCCAAUUGUCCACUUGCCAUUCUUGUAUUGGACACAUAUCCCAGUAGUAAUUUCACUUAUGCCAAAGAUCUCAUAUGGGAACCCAAAGAUCACCCGCAUACUCUCAGUUUGUUGGGUAUGUUCAGGUGGGAGUUGUCAUAAAAAACACGAGUAGGGUAUACCCGGACAUUCCCAGAUGCCAAAAAUCGGCUGCUUUUUGAAGUUAAAAAAUCUAAAAAUUGGCUUUCAUCAAUCUAUUUGUUUUUCAAUUAAUGUCCAUCGUAUUUUUGCUAAAUUAUCCCGAGUAUUUUACGAUUUAUUCGGGUAAUGUCCGGGUAUACCAAGAUGUCAGCCAUGUAUUUUCUCCGCAUUUCUCUUGUUUUCUUAUUAUGUUACGAAAUAGCCACAUUAAAAAAAAUACAUUUAGAUGUUGUCAUUUUCUUUGAACCAGUAAAUGUAUCAAUGGCAAUAAUUUUCUUCUCAUUAACUUUUAUCAAAAUCCAUCAAAAUCGUCACAUUUUAUCGGAAACACGAAAAAAAGCCGAAUUAUCCAUUAUUUAUCAGAAUGUGCCAAUUAUUUUGUCUUUCAUUUUUAAAUACCUAACAGCUUUGGUGAUUUAUUUCAUUCGAGUUAAAUAUGAUGAUCGAGAUAGCACUUUUGCAUCUAUCAUUUGCAAUGAUUUUACUAAUGUUACUUCAGUUUUUCCAACUAUUUAUACAUUUGCUAAUUUUAAACGACUUCGAACAGAUUUCUCAAAAUGUUGUUGCUGUUUGAAAUGGAUUACUUUAUGCAAAAGAGGAAAUCGGAUAAGUGAUCAAUCUUUACAAUAUAUGAGCACAACAAGACAUGCGAUGGAUCCUGCUGCUGCUCCACCACCAAAUAAUUGA